AUUAACGGAAAAAAGAAAAGAGAGAAUCGGUUGGUAUAGAAGCCAUUGAAGCUCAAUAGCCUCCUCUUCUUUCUUCUUCAACAUAUAUUGAUCUAUAUAUUUUUAUGUAAAGUGAAACAUUUAGAGAGAAAGAGAAGGGAGAGGCUUCUUGGCUUUUUGGUUACCUGUACACACAGAUAACCAAAAGCCAUGUCAGAUUCAAGCAGCGAUUCCAUUUCCCUCGACGUUGAGACAAUCUAUCUUGGUGGAAAGGAGCAUAUUGUACGUACACGCUAUGGUUCUGUGUCGGUUAUAGUUUAUGGGGACCAAGAGAAGCCGGCACUGAUCACUUAUCCUGAUCUCGCACUAAAUCAUUUGUCAUGUUUCCAAGGUCUCUUCUUCUGUCCAGAAGCAGCUUCUUUGCUGCUCCACAAUUUUUGCAUUUACCACAUUAAUCCUCCUGGGCAUGAGUUGGGAGCUGCAGCAAUUUGUUCAGAGAAUCCUGUACCAUCAGUUGAUGAUUUAACAGACCAGAUACUUGAGGUUCUUAAUUAUUUUGGGCUUGGAUCAGUGAUGUGUAUGGGAGUAAUUGCCGGUGCUUACAUACUCACCUUAUUUGCUAUAAAGCAUAAGGAGCGCGUUCUUGGUUUGAUUCUUGUUUCCCCUUUAUGCAGAGCACCCUCUUGGACUGAAUGGUUUUACAAUAAGGUCAUGUCAAAUUUACUAUACUUCUAUGGGAUGUGUGGUGUUCUGGAAGAGUUUCUGCUGCACCGCUACUUCAGCAAGGAAGUUCGUGGAUCUGCAGAUGUUCAAGAAUCAGAUAUAGCUCAAGCAUGCAGAAGGUUACUAGAUGAGAGGCAGAAGAUGAAUGUUUGGCGAUUUCUUCAAGCCGUUGAUGGGAGACCUGAUAUCACAGAUGGAUUAAAAACAUUGAAAUGUCGAACCCUCAUAUUUGUCGGGGAUGAUUCUCCUUUCCAUUCAGAGGCUCUCCAUAUGACUUCUAAAUUAGAUCGAAGAUUCAGCGCCCUAGUUGAGGUACAAGCGUGUGGAUCUAUGGUGACAGAAGAGCAACCACAUGCUAUGUUAAUACCAAUGGAGUUUUUCCUCAUGGGGUAUGGACUAUACAGACCAAAUCAGUUCAGUGGCAGCCCUAGAAGUCCUCUCAGUCCAUCUUGCAUUGCUCCUGAACUUCUCUCCCCAGAAAGCAUGGGCUUAAAACUCAAGCCUAUCAAGACUCGGACUGCAUCCAAGAUGCACGGUGCAUAAAAAUAAAUACUGAAUUCUAUUUAAACCUUGUAAAAUUUAAAAUCCCUAUACUUUUAAUUUCUGGUUAGUUUUUGGGGGGAUAUUUAAGGGUCAAACGGAGGGUAGAUAUGGAUUGUAGAUAGGAAAGUGAAAUUCUUUAAUGGACAUAGGGAGGGAAAUAUUGUUAUUCAUUCAUUGUAGGCAGAAAGAACC